AUGAUCCCCAAGGAGCAGAAGGAGCCAGUGAUGGCUGUCGCAGGGGACCUUUCUGGACCAGUCCCUACGCUGGAUCUGGGGAAGAAGCUGAGCGUGCCUCAGGACCUGAUGAUAGAGGAGCUGUCCCUGCACAACAAUCGUGGGUCCCUCCUCUUCCAGAAGAGGCAGCGCCGAGUGCAAAGGUUUACCUUCGAACUUUCGGAAAGUCUCCAGGGGAUCCUGUCUGGAAGCGCCCGGAAAAAAGAGACCUAUAGUACGGCGGGAACGGUUGCCAAUGGCCGGGAGGAGCAGAACUACGACUCCCAGCUCCACGCGUUCCCAGGCUCGAGCCUGGACCCAGGGGGCGCCCACCCAGCCGCGGCCCUGGCGGAGUCCGUAGGUGGUCCGAGCGCCCUGGCGCCAGGCUACGCGGAGCCGCUGAAGGGCAUCCCUCCUGAGAAGUUCAACCACACCGCCAUCCCAAAGGGCUACCGCUGCCCCUGGCAGGAAUUCGUCAGCUACCAAAACUAUGCAAGCGCAAGCAACAUUGGCAGUCACACCCCUAGUCUCCGGGGUGACUAUCGGAACUUCAACAAGACCCCAGUGCCAUUUGGAGGACCCCUCGUGGGGGAGACCAUUCCCCGGGCAGGCACCCCCUUUGUCCCAGAGCCUUUCAGUGGCUUGGAACUCCUCCGCCUCAGACCCAGUUUCAACAGGGUUGCUCAGGGCUGGGUCCGAAAGCUCCCAGAGUCUGAGGAGCUGUAACCUCAGCCUGAAACUGCUAUUCCCCAGGCUUGGGGCUCAAGGAAUAUCUGGAGCCAAGUCUA